CCAAGUCCGCUCUCUCGUCAUCGCGAUUUCCUUCCAAAUCUAUUUCUUCUCCGCUCUCAACGUCGAACGAAAGCUAUUGCCGCGAUUCCUCCUCCUCUCUAUCUCGGUGGCUGCCUAGAAUAGCUCAAAAUCUCCGGCAUUGAUAGAAUGGAAGCCCAAUUUGAAGAUUUUGAGCCAUUCCCUGAUGGAGAAUCAUACACUUCCCAGAAUGUUCAAAAUAUGAGUUGUUGUGAAGAAGCACCAGUUCCUAAAAAGAGACGGCUAGCUGGCGUCAAUCGUGGAGGUAACUUCUCAAUUGAGGAGGAUAAAAAUAUUGUCUCAGCUUGGCUAAAUACAAGCAUAGACUCAGUGCAAGGUACAGAUCAAAAGGCCAAGACGUUUUGGCAAAGAAUUGGAGCAACAUACAAUGCGAAUAAAGGCCCUAAUCAUAUCGAGCGAACUGACCGAUCGUUAAGUAGCCGAUGGGGAGCCAUUCAACUUGCUGUCAACAAGUUCUGUGGAUUCCUAUCACAAAUAGAGGAUUCCCGACCAUCCGGUACCACCGAGAUUGACAAGGUAAAGGAUUCCUAUCUUUUAAUUGGAAGCUUGGAGUUUAUUACAUUGAAUAUGUUAGAGGUAUGCAUGUAUUCUCUUUAUUUGCCACUAAGUUUUGUGUUCUUUUUGCAGAUACAAAUGGCUAAAGAAAUGUACCAUGAGAUGACAAAUACACACUUCGUGUUUGAUCAUUGCUGGAAUUUAUUGAGGCAUCAACCAAAGUGGAACUUGCAUAUGGGACAAUCUUCAUCAAAAAGAAAACAACCUGGUGGCAGCUCAAACAAGGUCCAUGAUACAAUAAAUUUGGAUGCUGAUAACAUCUCAUGUUCUUUUUCUGUUGAUAUAGAGAGACCAAUUGGUCGAAAUGCUGAAAAAGAACGACGAAAGAAAGGGAAGGUAGAUCACAAAGACCUUACGGAGAUCGUUGAACAAUUGACAAUCAAUAAAAAACAAGAGCACGUAGAGAGAAUGGCAUUGGCUGAAGUUGAGAGGGUUAGAGCUGAAAAAGAGUGGCAAGAUCAUUUAGCCAUUGAAAAUGAGAGGCUUAGAGUUGAGAAACUCAGAGCAGAGGCUGAGAUACAGAGAGCAGAAGCUGAGAAACAUAGAGCAUGUGCAGAGAUGGAGAAGGUGGAGCAACAAAAGAAGGAGAAGGAAAACAAUUCAACCACCAAUAAGGUCAAAAAGAGUUGAAGAUUUUUAGCCACUCAACCCAACAACCACAAAAUAACCACACAAUUCAACCACCAAUUCAUAACCAUACAACCCAACAACCAUAUUUUUAGCCCUUCAACCCACCAACCACAAAAUAGCCACACAAUUCAUCAAUUUUUUUUUUGA